GGCGGCAGCUGCCUGGGAAACCGGGCCCCGGGACGCACGGCUCGCAGACAGGCAAGGCCAGGCGGUCGUUCCUGUGCCCGGCACCCAGGAGUCCUGAGAGCCCCUUUUGCAUGGGCCGAGGGUCCCUGGUUCGGCAGCUUUCUCUGGACUCGAGCCUUUCCCUGAGCCCGCCAGGGGGCGCCGCACUGAGGGGCUGCCGAGUGGGGGCGGGCGCGGCUGACUGGAGCCGGGGCGCGGGGUCUGAGGAGAGGGCUCUGCCCCGCUCGGGAAGUGCCCCUGGGCGGGGGGCUGGGAGUCCUCACCUCCGGACGGAGCAAAGGUGUCUGGGGGCGAGGAGGGCGCGUCGCCCUCUGCCCCCGCCGGCACCCUGGCCAUGACGGGCAAGUCGGUGAAGGACGUGGAUCGGUACCAGGCGGUCCUGGCCAACCUGCUGCUGGAGGAGGAGAACAAGUUCUGCGCCGACUGCCAGUCUAAAGGGCCGCGAUGGGCCUCCUGGAACAUUGGCGUGUUCAUCUGCAUUCGAUGUGCUGGAAUCCACAGGAAUCUGGGGGUGCACAUAUCCAGGGUAAAAUCAGUUAACCUUGACCAGUGGACUCAAGAACAGAUUCAGUGUAUGCAAGAGAUGGGGAAUGGAAAGGCGAAUCGCCUUUAUGAAGCCUACCUUCCUGAGACCUUUCGGCGACCUCAAAUAGACCCAGCUGUAGAGGGAUUUAUUCGAGAUAAAUAUGAGAAGAAGAAAUACAUGGACCGAAGUCUGGACAUCAGUGCCCUUAGGAAAGAAAAAGACGACAAGUGGAAAAGAGGGAAUGAGUCAGCUCCAGAGAAAAAAAUGGAACCUGUUGUUUUUGAGAAAGUGAAAAUGCCUCAGAAAAAAGAAGAUCAGCAGCUACCUCGGAAAAGCUCCCCGAAAUCCACAGCACCUGUCAUGGAUUUGUUGGGCCUUGAUGCUCCUGUGGCCUGCUCCAUGACAAGCAGUAAGACCAGCAAUGCCCUAGGGAAGGAUCUAGAUCUCUUGGCCUCUGUUUCAUCCCCUUCUUCUACAGUUUCCAGAAAGGUUGUAGGCUCCAUGCCAACUGCAGGGAGUGCCGGCUCUGUUCCUGAAAACCUGAACCUGUUUCCAGAGCCAGGGAACAAAUCUGAAGAACCGGGCAAGAAGCAGCUCUCUAAAGACUCCAUCCUCUCACUGUAUGGAUCCCAGGCGCCUCAGAUGCCCACCCAAGCAAUGUUCAUGGCUCCUGCUCAGAUGGCAUAUCCCACAGCCUACCCCAGCUUCCCUGGGGUUGCACCUCCUAACAGCAUCAUGGGGAGCAUGAUGCCCCCACCAGUGGGCAUGGUAGCUCAGCCAGGGGCUUCUGGGAUGGUUGCCCCCAUGGCCAUGCCUGCAGGCUAUAUGGGUGGUAUGCAGGCAUCAAUGAUGGGUGUGCCAAAUGGAAUGAUGACCACCCAGCAAGCUGGCUACAUGGCAGGCAUGGCAGCUAUGCCCCAGACUAUGUACGGGGUUCAGCCAGCUCAGCAGCUGCAGUGGAACCUUACUCAGAUGACCCAGCAGAUGGCUGGGAUGAACUUCUGUGGAGCCAACGGCAUGCUGAGCUAUGGACAGUCGAUGAGCGGAGGAAAUGGACAGGCAGCAAAUCAGACUCUCAGCUCUCAGAUGUGGAAAUAAAAACAAAACACCUCUGUAUGGCUGCCGCUCUCCGCCCCCCUUCUUCCUCUUUCCCCAACUCUUUUACCCCAUCCCCUUUACCUACCUCUCUCUGUUUGGUUUAGGAAUUGCUCAAUCUGUCAUUUGGGGUUUGGCAUUCUGCCCAGUCCAGCCACUUUCCACACACACAGCCUCUCUGUUGCUUUACGUUGUACGUGUCCCCUAGCCAUCCCGACUUCCUCCCAGCCAUCCCAGCCCUGUCCUGCACCAGCACCUUAGGAAUUGUUGGCAGAAGGCACUUAUACUGCAGAAGGUUAAACCUCCUAUCCGUUCUCAGAGGGGUCUGUGGGUGUUGUUUUAGGCAAAGAGGGGAGGGUUUGGAGGUACUUCCAUGUGUGUUAAUAAGCUAUUUCUACAUGUUUAAAUUGUUGGAGAGGGAGGCAUCAUGCUCCCAUGAUUUAUGGGAAUGAAGAAAGUACUGAAAUCAAAUUAAAUACUUUUUGGGUCUUAGGACAGGUUGGCCCCUAACCCUGGGGAGAGACAAACCUCCAUCUAUGUGGAUAAGCAAAAACAUGACUCUCCUGUGCCCUGAAUUGCUUUCUGGAUCUGCAGCUUCAGGACUUGCUGCUUCAGUCAGCCUUUAUUAUUAGCACCAAAGACUUAUGAAAGCCCCGCACAAACACAUAGCCCCUUCCCUGCCUCCAUCCUGCCUGCAGUGGGAUCUGGCUCCACGGCUGGAGGACCAGCCUCUCCAGAGGGAAUGCAGAGCUUAGUGUGUGUACUACGUGUGUGUGUGUGUGUGUGUGUGUGUGUGUAUGUAUGUAUAUUCUGCCUCCCACUCUCUCCCCAUCUGCUCUGGGUAUUUUGGUUUUUCAGGUUUAGGUUUACAACAGAGAGGAAUUAAUUUAUCAACAGCCUAAAACUGUUAUCAGUUUUUCUUAUAGUUUAAAAAACAAUCGCAAGCUCAUUGAUGGCUCUCUUCCUCCUUUCCCCUCUCCCAACCUGCCAGUCACUUUCAUUCCUGUGUAUCCCGGGCUGCUCUGUUUCCCCUCCUGUUGCAGGUGUAUGAGGCAGAGAGCCUGGGCAGCUUUCCUCUCAGUCAUUGUUCACCCUACUUGAAAAUUAAAAUGAGAACUUUGCUUAAAAGAUUUCAUCUGUGGGAACCACAAUUCCUGGUUGCCUUUCUCCUGUGUAUGUGUAAAUUCCUUAAUAAAUAUUGCAGGGAAGCAC